CGAGUACACGUUAGAGACGCAGCUUGAGCAGUUCGAAUACAUCUGCCCUGAUAUGAUUUAGGCAAGUGAUCAAAAGGCGCCACAGUGGAAACGAUCGAAGGCUUAGGCCCAGGGAGCUCGAGCCUCGGGCUUCAGACGAUGUUGGGUGGGACAAGCACGUCUUCGUGCAUGACGAAGCGAUCGUCAGCGGACGCUUGAAGGCUGGCAAGAUGGCUGCCAGUCACCGAGCAGGGAUGAAGGCGCCCAGCCAUUUGUCUUGCAUUGUCCUUUUAGGGAUGCUAUUCUGCACCACAUGCAUUGGUGCAGCUCCCCUUCGAGUACUCCUCUUCACAGGUCAAGCUGAAGAGCAGCAUGAAUCGAUUCCCCCAGCUGUUGAAGCUCUGCAAAGAGCUGGCUUCGAGCAGGGCUGGAUGGUUGACCACCUGGAAACCAGCACAGGGCUCAGUCCAACGGGUUUGACAGCCUAUGACACCAUCGUCUUUCUGCUAACAAGUGGAAACGUCCUUAGCAGCAAAGAUCAGCGGAAUGCUAUUGCAAACUACAUCCAGGGCGGCGGCAGCUUUGUUGGCGUGCAUUCGGCGGCAGAGACAAUGAUCGGCUGGGAUUGGUUUGAUACUCUGAUAGGAGGGAGACCUGCAGCUGGGAGGAAUGGAAGUCAGCUCACAGGAGGGACUGUACUCGUGCAUGACAGAUUUCACCCUGCGUCUACGGUGCUACCAGAGCGCUGGAACGUCUCUGAGCACUGGCUAGCUUUUGACCUGACCCCCGGAGUGCACACUCUGGCGCUCCUCCAGCGCUCAGCCGACAUGCCUGGUUACAACAUUGGGGCAGCACAAUUUGACCAGCCUAUCGCUUGGACACACAGGCCUUUUGGUUCACGCUCCUUCUACACCUCCCUGGGCCACAACCCCGACCUCUGGGCAGACCCGCUGAUGAUCAAACAUGUGGUUGGGGGAAUCGCCUGGGCGGGCCGGGCCUGGCAGAAGCAGGGCGGGGAGCACCCGGGGAUUCCCUCCGGGCACCUACCAGUGGACACGCGGGCCCGGAGUCUGCUGGCAAAGGAGGGGAGAAUGAUGGCGGAUGAUGACGGAACGGCGACCAACGACGCUGCCUACGAGAAGGAUACGCUGUACAACUUCCAGCAAGGGGAGCAGCCCAUGUCCAUCGCGAUCGCUCCCGACGGCCGAGUGUUCAUCGUCGUCCGAAACGGCGAGCUCCAGAUCUUCAACCCCGCCACAAGCACCAUAAGCACCGCUGCCCGGUGGAAUGUGACCAACAGCAACGAGGACGGUUUGCUCGGGUUGGGGCUCGACCCGGACUUCGAGAACAACGGGUACAUCUACGUCUACUGGUCGCCCGUGCACGAGACCAGCCCAACUCAGAACAUACUUUCGCGUUACAAGAUGACAGGCGACACCGUGGACGUGUCGUCCGAGAAGCGGCUGCUAAGGAUCAACACACAGCGGCUGGCGUGCUGCCAUAGCGGGGGCAACAUCAAGUUCGAUUCGCACGGCAACCUGCUGCUCAGCGUGGGCGAUAACACCUACCAGACCGGCUGGGCGCCCACCGACGACCGCCCAGGGUUCUACGUGCUCGACUCGCAAAAGUCUGCGGCCAACACGAACGACCUCCGAGGGGCCAUCAACCGGAUCAGGCCAACCGAGGACGGCUACGAGAUCCCGCCCAACAACCUGUUUCCAGGGGACGACUUGCACAGGCCGGAGAUAUACGCGAUGGGCGUGCGCAAUCCGUUCCGCUUCUCCAUCGACCCGCACACCAAUAACCUAUACUGGGGCGACGUCGGCCCGGACGAGACCGCGCCCAACCCCGCUCGCGGACCCCUGGGAAUGGACGAAAUCAACCAGCUCAAAUUCGACGAACCGGGGAACUACGGCUGGCCGUAUUGCAUUGGGCCGAAUCUGCCGUAUGUGAAGUUUGACUAUUCAACGCAGCAGAGUACGGGCGUGCCGUUCGACUGCGAGAACCCGAGCAAUUUAUCUCCGAACAACAACGGGGCCAAGACAGGACUGCCGCCGUCUCGGCCUGCCAUGGUGUAUUACAACUACGGCCCCAGCAAAGACUGGCCGCAGUUCGACGCGGCAGAUCCCAGCAAAGCGGCCGGUCGCUGCAUUGUCGCACCGUUCUUCUACCGGUACGACCACCCGUUCAUCGCGCCCGGGGCGCCCUACCGACUGCCUCCGUAUUUCGACAACACUCUGUUCGCGGCCGACUGGUUCAGGGACCAGAUCCGGCUGCUCAAAUUCGACGAGAACGCCAACAUCCUCUCCGUCACCCCGGCCUUCACCAGCUUCACCUGGUUAUCUCCCAUGGACAUCGAGGUCGCCCCCGAUGGGUCUCUGUACAUAGUUGAGUUCGGCCAGGGUUUCGACCUAAAAGGCGCCCGCUUAAGCCGGUUACGCUACAUGGGCGUCGCCAGUCCGAUCCACUGCCAGGUGUACGGAACGCCGCUCGCGGGGCCGCGACCGCUCGAGGUCGGGUUUACGAGUUGGGGCUCGUCAACCAGCGACGGCCUCGACAUGACUUUCGCGUGGGACUUCAACUCCAACGGAACGGUCGACACGUACGAGCCGCACCCGCACUACGUGUACACCGUUGCCGGCGUCCACGUGGCAACGCUGACCAUUACCACCGCGGCCAGCACCAAGUCGUGCACCAUUCCCGUCGACGUGGCAUCUGAGGGGAACACUGCGCCGGACGUGCGUGUGGUCUUCCCGCCGCAGGGGGGGGUGUUUACGUGGGGCGACGAGGUUGACUUCAAGGUGGCCGUCUUCGACGCCGAAGACGGCAGCACCGAGGACGGCGGCAUCUCUUGCAGCACGGUGCAAGUGAUCCCCGGUCUCGGCCACUGCCCGUCGCCCAGUUCCCCGUGCCACGAGCACAACAGCAUCACCUACUACGACUGCCAAGCCACGUUUGGACCGCUGAUUGACGAGCACUCCUGGGAGAAAUUCUACUACCUUGUGGAAGGGAUCUAUCCGGACCACGGCGGCUUGAACGGAGCACCGCCGCUGACUGGCAUUGGGUGGUCCCAGAUUAUGCCAUCUGUCUGGCAGACAGAGUUCUACGAUGACAAGAGCAGCCCAUACCUUCUGGAGCGGCCGACGGCUGACCCUGUCGGGGGUGAAACCGAAGUGUACAAUAUCACCGACGGGGACUGGCUACGAUACGACAACUGGAACCUGUUCAACAUCGAUUCCAUACGCAUUCGCGCAUACAGCUCGCAGCGCGCAUACGUCGACGUGCGGAUCGGCUCCCUCAAGGGCCGACGUAUCGCGACCGUACCGAUCACACCAACUGCGCCGCAAGAGUUCACAGACUUCGUGGCGCCCAUUGAGGACACGAACCAGUGGUUUCUGGUUGACAUGAAGGCCGCACAGACGGUGUCGCGCGUCUUACUGGAUCCGGGCCGGCGGCCCUUCGACUACUGCCGCGGCUACAUGCUUUACGCGUCACUGGACGGUGUCACGUGGGGGAACCCGAGCCUCGUUCCGCUCGCUUUCUCGGUGGCGACGUAUCCAUACGCCACCGCCCAAACGGGGACCGCCAACGUCUCCGCUUCGUUUACCGGCCUCGUCGACAUCAAGUUAAAGACUCCAGUCAGCGCGCGCUACCUCAAGAUCCUCCAAACCGGCACGUCGCCCGCCACGUGGUCCAUCUCCGAGCUUACGGUCUUCGAUGAUAAAGAUAAGGCCCUGCGAAGAGACGGCUGGGCCGCGCGCGCGUCGAACUCGGUGUACGACCUUCCGCCCCGGAGCGUUUUCGAUGCGGACACUCGGUCGAUUUGGAUGCUGGGCGAGCCGCAACGGCCGGGGAACGUCAGCUUGUUUUUCACGUUCAGGGGGGAGACGAAAGGCGCGACAGAUCUGGUGGUGUUGAAUUACCACACGUUUAACGGAGGGGGAAUCAGUACGACGCAGCAUCCGGUGGGCUGGCUGCCCCCCGUCACGUUGGAAUUUUGAGCAGUGUUGAACAGUUGAACGCGCGGUUACUCGAAUCUCUUGACUUCCAAAUAGACCGAAAUCGCUAUGCAAUGGGGGUCAAUCCAGAUCCAAUUGUACAUUAGAUAUUCUUUGAUUCAGCGGCAUAUUUUCAUUGAUGGGAGCAUACAGCGAGCAGCCAAGGUCAACGAGAUCAUUGACUCAUGAGAAGUGAGGAAUCUAGAAGUCGCGUACGGCCUCACGAUUGCCAGCGCGCGUGCUCCAACCGAUGUCGCAAAACGCCGCCAACGCGCGGCUCUCAACUAGAGACAGUAAGAGUCUACACACUUUGAGUUAGCACGAAGCGAUUGUAGACUAGAUAGACGAUCUGGCAAGGGGCUGCACUGCAAACCGGGCCGCCUCCCAAGGUGCGAUGGAACUUGAUCAGUGCGGUAUGGAUUCAGCAAUGAUAGAAGAAUGUGCUAACUGGCAGUCGGGCCCGACCGAUCAAAUGUACAUUGCAGUACGGUCUCGAGUUGCUCAGUACGUUGGUCACGGUUUUAUAUCCAAAGUGCUCAAGUUGAUUGUGG